CCGGGGCCGCCCGCAGGUCCGGCCGCGCGGAGCCACCAGCAGCGAAGCCCGGGGUAGGGCGGACCCGACGGCGCGCGGGGCCCCAGGGCGGCCAGCCAUGACCUUCGGGCGCAGCGGGGCAGCCUCGGUGGUGCUGAACGUGGGCGGCGCCCGGUACUCGCUGUCCCGGGAGCUGCUGAAGGACUUCCCGCUGCGCCGCGUGAGCCGGCUGCACGGCUGCCGCUCAGAGCGCGACGUGCUGGAGGUGUGCGACGACUACGACCGCGAGCGCAACGAGUACUUCUUCGACCGGCACUCGGAGGCCUUCGGCUUCAUCCUGCUCUACGUGCGCGGCCACGGCAAGCUGCGCUUCGCGCCGCGGAUGUGCGAGCUCUCCUUCUACAACGAGAUGAUCUACUGGGGCCUGGAGGGCGCGCACCUCGAAUACUGCUGCCAGCGCCGCCUCGACGACCGCAUGUCCGACACCUACACCUUUUACUCGGCCGAGGAGCCGGGCCCGCGGGCCCGCGACGGAGCGCGACCAGCCGGGGCCGAGGCGGCUCCCUCCCGCCGCUGGCUGGAGCGCAUGCGGCGGACCUUCGAGGAGCCCACGUCGUCGCUGGCCGCGCAGAUCCUGGCCAGCGUGUCGGUGGUGUUCGUGAUCGUGUCCAUGGUGGUGCUGUGCGCCAGCACGCUGCCCGACUGGCGCACCGCGGCCGCAGACAACCGAAGCCUGGAUGACCGGAGCAGGUACUCCGCCGGCCCUGGGAGGGAGCCCUCCGGGAUAAUUGAAGCUGUCUGCAUAGGUUGGUUCACUGCAGAGUGCAUUGUGAGGUUCAUCGUCUCCAAAAACAAGUGUGAGUUUGUCAAGAGACCCCUGAACAUCAUUGAUUUACUGGCAAUCACGCCAUAUUACAUCUCCGUGCUAAUGACAGUAUUUACAGGCGAGAACUCCCAACUGCAGCGGGCCGGAGUCACCUUGAGGGUGCUCAGGAUGAUGAGGAUUUUUUGGGUGAUUAAGCUUGCCCGUCAUUUCAUUGGUCUUCAGACACUUGGUUUGACUCUCAAACGAUGUUACCGAGAGAUGGUUAUGUUACUCGUCUUCAUUUGUGUUGCCAUGGCAAUCUUUAGUGCACUUUCUCAGCUUCUUGAACAUGGGUUGGACCUGGAAACAUCCAACAAGGACUUCGCCAGCAUCCCCGCUGCCUGCUGGUGGGUGAUUAUCUCUAUGACUACAGUUGGCUAUGGAGAUAUGUAUCCUAUCACAGUGCCUGGAAGGAUUCUUGGAGGAGUUUGUGUUGUCAGUGGCAUUGUUCUGUUGGCAUUACCUAUAACUUUCAUCUACCAUAGCUUCGUGCAGUGUUACCAUGAGCUCAAGUUUAGAUCAGCCAGAUACAGUAGAACCCUCUCUGCUGAGUUCCUGAAUUAAUGCAUUGCAAAUCAAUUCUUGCAGACAAUUUGUUUGAGAUAAAGAGUUGCUGCUACUUCAUAUUCAUGUAUUUCUUGUUGGGUGAGCACUACAGAGGCAUUGUCAUCAUCUUGGUAGAGUAAAAAUUACCCUUCCCAGCUGAAGGGGUAAAACAGUUCAUUUAUUUUGGAGUAAAUAGGAAUGGAGACUGCAAAGGAAGAGUAACAACUCCUAGAGGAAGCUUUAGGAUCUAAUUUUAUUUAGACCGGUCUCUUCCUUGCCUUGAACAAUUACAUAUUUCUGUUUUUUUUAAAGUACAUUAUUUGAACACUUUAAAACAGAAUGAUUCUAUUUUCCAAAUGUUUUCCAUCUUAAUGAAUUCAGAAGAAGCUUGGAACUUCAGUGUUAUUUUUGAGACUCACAUUUUCAUUUCUAAAUGUUUUAUAAUUUCUCGUAUCAAUGUCAGAAGUAUUCUGGAAACAUAUGUCACAUGCAAGAACUGUUUAACAAAUACUUUAAAAGUUUGGCCAAAAUUUAAACUGCAUAACAGAGCUAGAUACAAGUGAGAAUGUCACUUGAAAAAACUUUCCCAUACCUCUCUAUCCUCUGCUCUAUUUUUGUGCCUAUUAUUCACCUUGCCACAUAGCUUCAUGGAGGCCUGGGUACAUUCUCUUGCUUCCAUUUUGGAUUUCUUUUAUCUCUUUACUGAAACAACUUCAAAAAAGUAUUUAAGAGUGAAGAGAGCUUGUAUUGUUUAGCAUUGUGUUAGAUAAUAUUAUAAUUCACUGCUGUUACUAGGUGAUAAUCAUCCUAAUAUUCAGAUGUCCAAACAAGAAUAUUUCCAACAUGAAAAUAACAAAUAGGUUGAUAGUAUCAGUAUUUCAACCCAUAUUUCUUCUUCUGCUUUUAACUUUCCUCCAAACUCCAUGAAUUUAGUAAGUCUUACCAGAUGAAAGGAUAUUUCUAUAGUCUUUUUUUUUCUUUAGCCUUUUGAUACCAAAGUCAUACUUACGUGUUGUCACUGAAUUAUCAUUAAAAAGGAAAUGUUAUUGUACUCUUACUUACUCUGUAGCUAAGUCAAUUUUAAGCCAGCCAAAAGCAAUGAAUACAUAAUUAUUUGAUCUGAUCUUCACUAUUGUGAAUCACAGCUACACUAAAACUCUUCUUGUGAGAAUAUUGAGUAAUAUGCUAUAUUAAUCUGGCUAGAUUAUUAGUACUAGAUAAUGUACAAGUGAUUUUUCAGUGCUAAAUUUUAGCAAUAUGAAUUAGAAUUUUGCUUUUUUGACCAAUUGGUGUAGAGAAGUCAUAUAUAAAAAUAAAAAAUUAAAGUCACAGAUUCAGGAAUAAUUUAGUGUGCACACUGCAUAUUUACUAGAGAUGUGUUGGGGGAUGGUGGACAGGACAGAAGACUUGGAUGUGUUUGUCAAAGAGAGGGUCACCAAGAUGUUUAUUAAAGGAACAUCAGCCAUCAGCUAGUUCAUACAUGGGUAGAAGAACAGGGCAGGAGAGGGUACAGUAGUGAAGGAGUAGGGACUGAAGCUUCUGCCUUCAGAAACACGCCAGCGGUUUAUUCUUUAUACCUCUCUGGGUUUUGACAAAAGCCUUGAAUAGCCACAUUUCUUUGUCAUUGUCAUUGCUAAGGUAGUAACAGCAAAACUAUUUCCUCUGCCCUAAUUUUCUAUUCUGAGCUUAUGUGAUAUUUUAACCAUUAAAAACCUCACCUCAUCUUCUCCAGUACUUCUCACUACUAUGUUCUUUUUUACAUACUCAAAUUCUGUUAUUUAUUGUAUAUUUAUUAUAUUUUAAUAUAACUGAAAUCCAUGGCAUGGAUUUAUUUAUUUUUACCUAUUUGAGUUAAGGCUUUGUGAAUCAUGCAAAUAAAGAUGGAAAUGAUAGCACAUCAGGAAUCCUUCAUGUAUAUUACCUCCCCAAGUAAAUGGUCAGUAUAGAGAGCUGGGACAUUGUCUCACACAGCACUUCCGAACCUCAUGAUGGCUGUUGCACACUUGAUAAACUGCUGACUGGUGUGGGAAGAGGCAAGGAGAUGCAUAGGCCUGUACAUUGUGCAGAUGCAUGCAUUAGGUAGCAAGUGAGAACUCGCUUACCACUGACGUCAGCCUUUUCACAGGCUCAUUUUCAUUAAAAAAAAUCAUGCUAGAUAAAUGUUAAUGGCAGUUUAGCCACCCAUUUAUAAAGGAGAAGGCUGAGACAUGAUAGUGUUUCAUUCAUAAAUGGAAAAAUAUAUGUCAGAAUUUUGUUUUUCAUGGAUGAUGCAGCUUUCUAGGGACAGAGACAUUUUCUUAUGAAAUGUUCCUCUCUUGUGAAAUGUAACAUUUCCCAGAAUGUUACUGCUUUAAAAAAAAAAAUUCAGCAGCAUUUUUUUCUUAGUUGUCCUUUUAGGGGUUUCUUAUUCAGUCUUCAUGGCAGAAAUACUUAGAUCAAGAUCUAUAUCAGUACCAGUAAGUCAGAUACUAUCCUUAAGUAGAAUACCCAAAGAGGAAAGAAGCAGCCCAAAUCUUUAUUUUAAUUUUACCAUACCUGAGCACACAUGAUUUGAUCUUAUAUAUAACUUGAUUUAUAUUCUCUAAAAUGGAAUUUUUGGAGAUUAGAAAAACAAAAUCAGGGAAUAUGUAUGAAUGUAAACACAUGUAACAAUUCAAAACCCUAUUCUUUUACUACUGUGUUGUAAUUGCAGGUUGCUGGUUGAAAUUUAUGGCAUUUGUUCUCUACAUUGAUAAACUUACCAAUCAAUUCUUCCUUCCUUUUUGUUUUUGAAGGACUGAGGUUUGAACCCAGGCCUUCAUUCUGAGCUCUGAGCUAUAUC